AUGCUGAAGCUUCCGUCCAUCUUCAAGAAAUACUCUGGCCUUGAGGCAGAGGUCUAUUGGAAAGCAUGUCGGAAGUACAACGAGGCGCCGGAGAUAGAUCUGAGCCGCUUCGGAAUCAUAGAGGAGUCGUCAGAGCUGCCGCAGGCCGUAGCUUCUCGAGGCUACGCCAAGAAGGCGAGCGCCCCACCGCCGCGGAAUGGGUCUGACAAGCAGCGCCGCUGCAACUCAGACAUUUCUUUGGUGAUUCUGUCGACGUUCGGGGCCGUGAAGGAAAAGGCGGUAAGGAAUCUGUCAGGAACAGGAGCGAUGGCAUGCAGAGAAAGGGAAAACAUGCAAGCUUCAGAUGUAGCCCGCUUUCGCCGGUCGGACAUGACGUGGGUUGGGAAGACCAUGCCAUUUUCCCGACUCGUGUACACCCUUGUUCUGGCUCCCUUGACUUCCUCAGUGCCCAGUUUGGUGCUGUUGUUGCAGCGCUUGUGA